AUGGAUAUCAAGGAUGAGAACUUCUGGGAGAUGCUCCCUAUCAUCCUACCCGCCAUAGCUCACGCUUGCUACGUCGCCAUCGACCUGGAGAUGACUGGUAUCAAGUCCCAAAAUCCGAUGGGAGCGCAAAGAACCACGAUGGACCAGACAUACGCCGACGCCAAGGAUGUCGUUGAGAGCUUUCAGAUUGUCCAGUUUGGCUUGACUUAUUGCUAUAUAACCCAAUGCUUCAACUUCCAUGUCACUCCAAUGUUUGUUGGAAAGCAUGGAGCGGGAUCGGCCCUUGCAAGGACUGUGGACCGCCGUGUCUGUCUCUCGUACAGCACACUUCUCUUCCUGCAGCAGCAUGGCUUUCGCUUGGAGGAUGCCUUCGCCCACGGCGUCCCGUAUCUGAGUCGCCAAGAAGAACGUGAAGCCAAGCAGCAGCUGCUCGAGAGGGAUCGGCACAACGAUCUGAUUGAUGUCGACCAGGAAGACGAGCAUGUCCGUCAAUUUUACAGCACAGCUCGGGAUCAGAUCCAGGCUUGGCUCGCGGAGCCAGAAUAUGAUUUUCUUAACAUUGAGAAUCCGCACGGUGGUAUCAUGAACAGACUUCAGAUACGCCUUCUUCACCAGCUCAUUGAGGAGGAAUUCAAAGAGUUGAGAGCCAUUUCAAAGGGACACUUUAUGCAGAUUGUCAAGAAGGGAGCUGAUCCGGAAGAAGAGACAUUCUGGCGGACAAGACACAGCCAGCGCAUUCAAGCCAUCCGGCAGCAAACUGGCCUUCGCCUAGUGAUCGAGGCCUUGACUGGGGGCGACUUUGCCGAAGCGCUUAACGAGGAGAUGAUGCAGAGCCCGGCAGCCAAGGAGAAGGAGACAUCGCGGAAAGAGUCCGCAGCGCAGGUCUGCAAAUGGUUCGUGGAGUGCGAGGCCCAGCUCAAGGAGCACCGCCCGAUCCUUGUGGGACACAACAUGCUGCUGGACCUCUGCUUCCUGUACCGCACCUUCAUCGGACCAAUGCCUGAGACCGUGGACGGCUUCCAGCGAGAGAUCCACCGCCUCUUCCCGCGGAUGGUUGACACCAAGUACGUGGCAACCUACGACAGCCACUCGAUGAUCUCGGUCUUCGAUCUGCAAGGCUGGUAUGCGACCCUGAGCCACCGCCCGGAGCCGAAGAUGAAGGUUGUCCAUCCCGACUUUGGAUACAACAAGAAGGCUCUACACACAGCCGGCUACGACAGCUGGAUCACAGCCGUCGUGUUCGCCAGGUUGUGCUGGUUCAGGGUCUCUGGCGAAGACCUGGUCGCACUGAUGAACGGCACUCAGUCCGAUCCCCGUUCUCAAAAGAAACCCGCAAGCCCGGUCAUCUCGCCUAGACCCAUCGUAUUCCCUCUCAAGAAAGAGUACUUGGAGUCGCCACGACGUAACAAGUCUACAUCCCCUAGCAAGAGAGGGACACCGGCGACACCGGCCAGCCAGCAGGUCAGCGAGUGCGGCUCCGCCAUGACCUUGCUAGACGAGAGCGACGAUAGUAGCGCCGCCGUCGGUCACAUCAAGCCCCUCGCGCCCGAGGUCCUGACGCCUUCGAAGUCGGUGGAGGCACCGACGCAGAACCAGCCCAACUCCUCUCCCACUCCUCUGUGCCAAUUCAUGGCCCUUGACUGGGGCUCGGAUUUCUUCCGCGAGCACGGAAACAAGAUCUGUGCCGGUGCAGCAGGAACCUUGAGGUUCCCGGCCGCCGCUGAGGCUGAGCCGGACGAAGUGAAGCCCUGA